UUGCGGCUGUGGAGGACCAGGUUUGACGGUGGCAGAUUGGUGGCAUCUCGGAGAAAAGGAGUGAAGUCGGGGUGUGGCGGUGGCGCCGGUGGGUUUGGCGGCAGUGGAGGAGUGAAGUCAGGACCCGUUAUCACAGUCACUUUCAAGCUUGAAAACACAACUGAAAAAUGGAUACACAAAAUUACCGUUAUCGCAGUCGCGCUUGUGUGCCACUUCAACAGAUUGGAGAAGACGGCGGUUCUUCUUCAAGACGCGCCGGGCCGACUUUCCUUGCCGAGUGAGAAGAACUGUGUGUUGGGGCUAGGGUUAUGA